CUAUCCUGUUAGAUUGCCCCGUCAACGGGUUGUGCCAAAGCUGUGUUCACCGCGUCUCGUUUCCUCUCCACAAUACGAACACGGACGAAAAGAACACCAUGUUAUCCAGAUUUAAAGACGCCACAUUUCAGCAGUGAAAAGAGGAGGUAGAGACAGAGGGGAGUGAACUAACAAAAUAGGUUAGAAAGGGACCCAGAGAAGAGAGAAUCCCACCGACCAUCUGCGUGAGGCGAGAGAGAGGAGGCCAACCGGAGAGCAGCAGCCGACUGCCCUGUGGAAUAACCUACGGUUUCCGUUGAUUUGAAACGAUAAUUUUGAUUUGUAUUUAUUAUUCUGUGAGACAUAUUACUAAAUUCCAACAAAAUGUCAUCUUCUGGCAAAGACAACAGCGCACACUAUAUGAACUAUGUGGGACCUUAUCGUUUGGAAAAGACCCUCGGCAAAGGACAGACAGGCCUGGUGAAGCUGGGAAUCCACUGUGUCACGUGUCAGAAAGUGGCCAUCAAGAUCGUCAACAGAGAGAAACUCAGCGAGUCUGUCCUCAUGAAGGUGGAGCGAGAGAUAGCCAUUCUGAAGCUCAUAGAGCACCCUCACGUUUUAAAGUUGCACGACGUCUACGAAAACAAGAAAUAUUUGUAUCUGGUGCUAGAGCACGUGUCAGGCGGAGAGCUGUUUGACUACCUGGUCAAGAAGGGAAGGUUAACGCCCAAGGAGGCCAGGAAGUUCUUCAGACAGAUCAUCUCAGCUCUGGAUUUCUGCCACAGUCACUCCAUAUGUCACAGAGAUCUGAAGCCAGAGAACCUGUUGUUAGAUGAGAAGAACAACAUCAGGAUAGCAGACUUUGGCAUGGCGUCUCUGCAGGUCGGGGAUAGUCUGCUGGAGACCAGCUGCGGAUCUCCUCACUAUGCCUGCCCAGAGGUCAUAAGGGGGGAGAAGUACGACGGGAGGAAAGCAGACGUGUGGAGCUGUGGGGUCAUCCUCUUUGCACUUUUAGUGGGUGCCCUGCCAUUUGACGAUGACAACCUGAGAAACCUGCUGGAGAAGGUGAAGUUGGGUGUCUUCCACAUGCCCCACUUCAUCCCCCCAGACUGUCAGAAUCUUCUUCGGGGCAUGAUCGAGGUGGAUGCCACUAAGAGACUCACGUUAGAGCAGAUCCAGAAGCACAACUGGUACAUAGCUGGGAAGAACGAGCCUGAGCCGGAGCAGCCUGUCCCUAGGAAGGUGGCCAUCAGAACCCUGAGCACUGAAGAGAUAGACCCGGACGUCCUGGAGAGCAUGCACUCUCUGGGUUGCUUCAGAGACAAGGGCAAACUCACCAAAGACCUGCUCUCUGACGAUGAUAACCAGGAGAAGAUGAUCUACUUCCUGCUGCUGGACCGGAAGGAGAGGUACCCCAGUCAGGAGGACCAGAACCUCCCCCCGCGCAGUGAGAUAGCUGACCCGCCCAGGAAGCGCGUGGACUCCCCCAUGUUGAACCGCCAUGGGAAGAGGAGGCCGGAGAGGAAGUCUAUGGAGGUGCUGAGUGUCACAGAGGGGGGCUCUCCUGUACCCGUACGACGAGCCAUCGACAUGGCCACACAUGGACAGAGUAAGUCUGUUUUCAGUAAAAGCUUGGAUAUCACAAACGCUAACUUCACCAAAGAAGAAAGGUCACGGUCUAUCAGUGGAGCGUCCUCCGGUCUCUCCACUAGUCCUCUCAGCAGUCCCAGGGUGACUCCGCACCCCUCUCCGCUGGGGAGCCCCAUCCCCACCCCCAAGGGCACUCCGGUGCACACACCCAAGGAUAGCCCGGCAGGCACCCCCAGCCCCACGCCGCCCCCCAGCCCCUCCAUCGGCGGACUGCCCUGGAGGACACGUCUCAACUCUAUCAAGAACAGCUUCCUGGGCUCGCCGCGCUUCCAUCGCAGGAAAAUGCAAGUCCCCACCCAGGAGGACAUGUCCAGCCUCACGCCAGACUCUUCACCAGAGCUUGCCAAGAAGUCAUGGUUUGGUAACUUCAUCAACCUGGAGAAGGAGGAGCAGAUCUUUGUGGUGAUCAGAGACAAGCCUCUCAGCUCCAUCAAAGCAGACAUCGUUCACGCCUUCCUCUCUAUCCCCAGUCUCAGCCACAGUGUGAUCAGUCAGACUAGUUUCCGGGCGGAGUAUAAGUCCACAGCCGGCCCUACAGUGUUUCAGAAGCCGGUCAAGUUCCAGGUGGACAUCACCUACACAGAGAGCACCGCCGCCACCAAAGAGAACGGCAUCUAUUCGGUCACCUUCACCCUGCUCUCAGGUCCCAGCCGCCGUUUCAAGCGUGUGGUUGAGACCAUUCAGGCUCAGCUGAUGAGCUCACAUGACCAGCCCGGGGUCCAGCAGAUCUCUGGCAGCCCGUUGAGUAACUUCUUUGACGUAAUUAAACAACUUUUUUCAGACGAGAAGAGCAGCCAGGCGUCGCACAACGCCCCUGGCACGCCCGGCACAGCUAGCCCCGCCCCCGCCAAGCAUGCCCCCGGCAGCAGGCGAAAUGAGUCAUGUCCCCUGCCCACUCAGCCCCAGCCCACCCAGCCCACUGACUCUAAAUGCCCCCCGCCUCCGGGCAAAGACAAACAAACAAAGAUGGCCGCCGUCAGCCGGACUGGGGAACAACCUUAAGACCGGAGAGAAGUAGCUAGCUCUCUGUUGCAUGACUAGAUAAUAACCACCUGUUAUCAGGUCGUUCAAAACCCAGUACAAAGCCCACAAGAGUGUGUGAGAGAUGAGAAAUGAAAUGAGAGAUGCUGCUGGUUUCUUUGCUUCAGUCAGUAGGCUUAGUGUGUUUGUGUCUCGAAAAAAAUCUACUUUUGAUUAUCGCCCGAGAUGAUAAACUUUUGUACUGUGUAAUAAUGGAAUGACUACAAUUUUAGUUUAGCAAUCGACCAUUGAUCAGUAUUUGACAAUAUUAAGUACUACAUGUAGCCAUGUUUCUUUUCUGUUCCUCUAUCCUCUCGUCCCGUUCCCACGCCGUGGGGUGUGUGUGUCGGUGUGUGUGUGUGUCUCCUCUGCUCUGUGAUGAUGGCUUGACCUUGUCUCUACCACCAGGGAUCAUCACUAAAACCUAUUAGAGAAACAAGAUGGAGGACAGUGUGUGUGUCCCAACCUGGGGCACUUUGUCAACAACGGGAGUAAGUGAGCCAGAGGCGGAGGACAAGAGAAAGACUUCACAUACUUCACACUGCUGUCCCCCUCCUCCCCAUGCACCCCUCCUGCUUUCCACCUGCACACACACACACACACAUACACUAAACAUUAGAGUACUAGAGACUCUCUCAUCAUCGUGACAGACACCCAGAGACAUAUUAGCCGAAGAGUUGGAGAAAAGCCUUAAAAAGACAAUGAUGUUUGUCAAACCUAUACUACACACAUCCACUCUCCUCCUUUCUCUCCUCCUUGUCUGUCCUCCUAUACUCACACACACACACGCACACACCCGGGGGAUGUAAGGACUUGCGCACAAAGACGAAUGGAAGUAGAACCACUGGCUCCUACGAAAGUUGGAGAGAGGUGGCGCGACUCUUGGACGUUGGAUGAACGUUGGCUGAACGUUGGCUAAACGUUGGCUGGAUUGUAAUUCUUUUUAAUGUAGUCCUUCUUUGUGAACUACAGGAUUUUAACACUUUAGACUUCUUCAGACUCUGUGUCAUUGCUGUAAAUGAAAUUAAAUUGAGUUAAUUAACUUUGGGUGGGCAUUUGGGAGGGAGGGGUACACAAAUGAAUGAUCUAUUCUGUUGUACAGACUAUGUUCCCAUAUGUACAACGUUUGUGUAGUUGUGACAUUAUGUUUAGCUAAGAAUUGUGUUAACUUAUCACUAUGUUUUGUGUUUUCUACUUGUUCGACGUGUUUUAUCGAUUAAAUGUUUUAUUUUAUUUUCGGUUCCCUUUUGAGGGAUGAAUCAUUUCAGGGUUUUAUUUUCUUCCAUUUUGUUUUGCUCAUGUUCCUUUGAAAUAUCUGCAGGAUUCAGACAACAGUGGACAUAAUUAUUAUGUAUAUUUGUUUCCCUUAUUGUAUUUUCUUGUCAUGUUUGUUUUAAUAUAUUCCGGGUUAUUUAUAUAAAUGAUGGAGAAAAUGUACUAGAUAAUUUAAAGAUUGUUUUUGUUUGUUUAAUGUUUAAUUUAUUGAUCAUUGAGAAUUCACAAAAUGUUUUUGUGAACAUUUUUUUCCCAGCUUGGAUGAGAAAGCUUGUAAUAUAUACAUUUGGCAAAUGAUUUACGGUAAUUUAAGAAUGUAGAUUAGUCUCUGAGAGGAACGAGCCCUCUGUUGAUAAUAAUUGUGCGUUCCUUCUCGUUGUGUGUGUACGACGACAAAGGCAACCCUCCAGCCACUUGCCUUGUAAAUACAAAAAAAAUUGCUCACAAACUUAUUUAAAAAACCAAGGGGAUUCCUACUCUUAGCUUUGACCUUGUAUUGUCGUUUGCAUGUCCAACAUUUGUCUUUUCUUUGCAUGUUGUUGUUGGAAUUGUUCUGUCCCUUUUCCCUCUUUCCCCCCUUUCUUUCUUUCUUUCUUUCUUUCUUUCUUUCUUUCUUUCUUUCUUUCUUUCUUUCUUUCUUUCUUUCCAGUCUCUAAAUUUGUUUCUCUUAUUUUUAUUUUCUCUCACCACUUCGGUUGUUUGUUCGUCUUUGAGUUCUUUCUCGCAACCUCCCUUCUCCUUCCUUAUACUACUGUGCACAUUUACCGUGCAAUGCAUCCUCUGCACACACACACAGUUAAACACACACACACACAGUUACACACACACAGUUACACACACACAGUUACACACACACACACACACACACACACACACACACACACACACACACACACACACACACACACACACACACACACACACACACACACACACACACACACACA